UUUUUAUAUGCCUCCAUCGAAAAGUAGCAAAAAAGCUAAAGAAUCGAAAACUAAUGGAAAAUCAAGUUUAACAUCGGAUUCAUUAAGAGAUAAAUGUUUAAAAGGUCUUUGUGAUAUUCUUCGAUCAUCUAUUAAAUCCUUAUGGGAUUCAUCAAUUAUUGAUCAACAAUUUGUCAAAUGUGUAACAAAACCAUGUUAUCAUUUACUUUGUCGAGAAGAUAUUUCAAAAAAUCCAAUUGUUAAAGAAAAUCUUCCAUUAAUUUUUAUUAUUAUGAUUCAUGAAUUUGAACAUGCACCAGAAGCGUCUAUUCAAUUUAUUCAAGCAGUUAAACAUUAUGAUAAUAAUUCAAGUUUACUUACAACUGUUCUUAAUUCACUUUUACUUGAUUAUCAAGAUACAUCAUUAGCUAUUCAAUUAUUAAAAGAAAUUUGUCAAACUAAUUUUGUUGAUACACAAGUUCAUAAUGCAUCUGCUAAAACAAUGGCAACAUUUAUUAUUGAUAUGGCUCGACUUGAUCCACAUAUUAUUCAAACACAUUUUCAUCAAAUAGAUGAUUUAUUAAAAGUCGAAAGUCAUCAUAUUCGUGUUGCUGCUUUAACAGCAUUAUGUUC